CCCAGUAGGAGGGGCGGCGGGGCCGCCGGGCUGUGCCGCCGGGAGUCGUCGGCAGCGCGGAACUUGGGCGCACGAGGAGCCAAGGCGCGACCUGCGUUGCCGGGAGAGGGAGGGGGAAAGAAGGUCGCGCAGUGGGGCGACACGUCGCUGCGGACGGAUCCUGUUUCUGGUGGCGGAGGGAUUUGGUCGCACGCUGACUUCCGGUGAGCCCCGACCCGAGAGGAAAAGCCCCGAAGGAAACAAUAACAAACGCCGGAGGAAGCGGUUUUGGGGUGCGUGUGUCGAGCGGGUCUCGCCCGAGAAGAUGAGCUUCGGCCCCUGUCAGGGGACGUGAGCGCGAUCGCCGGGCCCCAGCCAGCCCUUCUCCCCGUGGGCCCCCGGUGCCACCAUGGCGGCCGUGGGGCCGGGGGGCUACGCGGCGGAGUUCGUGCCGCCUCCGGAGUGCCCGGUCUUUGAGCCCAGCUGGGAGGAGUUCACAGACCCCCUCAGCUUCAUCGGCCGCAUCCGGCCCCUGGCGGAGAAAACCGGCAUCUGUAAAAUCCGACCGCCCAAGGAUUGGCAGCCUCCAUUUGCAUGUGAAGUAAAAAGCUUCCGUUUUACUCCCAGAGUCCAGCGUCUGAAUGAACUUGAGGCAAUGACCAGAGUGAGAUUGGACUUCUUGGAUCAACUAGCAAAAUUUUGGGAACUUCAGGGGUCUACCCUCAAGAUCCCUGUGGUGGAGAGAAAAAUUCUGGAUCUCUAUGCUUUGAGCAAGAUUGUUGCCAGCAAAGGGGGUUUUGAAAUGGUCACCAAAGAGAAGAAAUGGUCUAAAGUGGGUAGCCGCUUGGGAUAUCUGCCAGGAAAAGGAACUGGGUCUCUUUUGAAGUCACAUUAUGAAAGAAUUCUCUACCCAUAUGAGCUUUUCCAGUCUGGUGUCAGCCUGAUGGGUGUACAAAUGCCUAAUUUAGAUCUUAAGGAAAAAGUGGAGCCUGAGGUUCUUGGCACUGAUGUCCAAACUCCCCCAGAGCCGGGCACAAGAGUGAACAUUCUGCCGAAGAGAACAAGGCGUGUCAAGUCUCAGUCAGAAUCUGGAGAAGUGAAUAGAAACACGGAACUGAAGAAACUUCGGAUUUUUGGGGCUGGGCCUAAGGUUGUGGGCUUGGCAAUGGGAGUAAAAGAUAAAGAAGAUGAGGUCUCCCGAAGACGAAAAGUUACCAACAGGUCAGACGCAUUUAACAUGCAAAUGAGACAACGGAAAGGAACUCUCUCUGUUAACUUUGUUGAUCUCUACGUUUGUAUGUUUUGUGGUCGGGGAAAUAAUGAAGAUAAAUUGCUGUUGUGUGAUGGAUGUGAUGACAGCUAUCAUACAUUUUGUUUAAUUCCCCCACUACCUGAUGUGCCCAAAGGAGACUGGAGGUGUCCUAAGUGUGUCGCUGAGGAAUGUAAUAAACCUAGAGAAGCCUUUGGAUUUGAACAAGCUGUACGAGAGUAUACACUUCAGAGCUUUGGAGAGAUGGCAGAUAAUUUUAAGUCUGACUAUUUCAAUAUGCCAGUUCAUAUGGUUCCCACAGAACUAGUGGAGAAGGAAUUCUGGCGGCUGGUGAGCAGCAUUGAAGAAGAUGUUAUCGUAGAGUAUGGAGCUGACAUCUCCUCAAAAGACUUUGGAAGUGGAUUUCCUGUAAAGGAUGGUCGGAGAAAGAUGCUGCCAGAAGAAGAGGAAUAUGCGCUUUCUGGUUGGAACCUGAAUAACAUGCCUGUCCUAGAGCAGUCUGUCCUUGCACAUAUCAGUGUGGACAUCUCUGGCAUGAAGGUGCCAUGGCUUUACGUGGGAAUGUGCUUCUCUUCCUUUUGCUGGCACAUCGAGGAUCACUGGAGCUAUUCCAUCAACUACUUGCACUGGGGGGAGCCAAAGACAUGGUAUGGUGUGCCAUCUCAUGCUGCAGAACAACUGGAGGAGGUGAUGAGGGAGCUGGCCCCUGAGUUAUUUGAAUCCCAGCCUGAUCUCCUACAUCAGUUAGUCACCAUCAUGAACCCCAAUGUGCUAAUGGAGCAUGGUGUGCCUGUGUAUAGGACCAAUCAGUGUGCUGGCGAGUUUGUUGUGACGUUUCCUCGGGCCUAUCACUCUGGAUUUAAUCAAGGCUACAACUUCGCUGAGGCUGUGAACUUCUGUACUGCUGACUGGUUGCCCAUUGGCCGUCAGUGUGUCAGUCAUUACCGUCGGCUGAGGCGCCAUUGUGUCUUCUCGCACGAGGAACUAAUUUUCAAGAUGGCAGCAGAUCCGGAAUGCUUGGACGUGGGGCUUGCCGCCAUGGUGUGCAAGGAGUUGACUCUCCUGACUGAAGAGGAGACACGGUUAAGGGAGUCUGUUAUGCAGAUGGGUGUCCUGAUGUCAGAAGAAGAAGUGUUUGAACUUGUUCCCGACGACGAGCGACAGUGUUCAGCAUGCAGAACCACCUGUUUUCUCUCUGCUCUCACGUGCACCUGUAAUCCUGAGCGGCUUGUGUGUCUCUACCAUCCAACUGAUCUGUGCCCCUGCCCCAUGCAGAAAAAAUGUCUCAGAUAUCGCUACCCAUUAGAGGACCUCCCUUCUCUGCUGUAUGGUGUGAAAGUCAGGGCACAGUCCUAUGACACUUGGGUCAGUCGUGUUACAGAAGCAUUAUCUGCCAACUUCAACCACAAGAAAGAUUUGAUUGAAUUACGAGUAAUGCUGGAAGAUGCUGAGGAUAGGAAAUAUCCAGAAAAUGAUCUCUUUCGAAAACUCAGGGAUGCUGUAAAAGAAGCUGAGACCUGUGCUUCUGUGGCUCAGCUGCUUCUGAGCAAAAAGCAGAAGCACAGGCAGAGCCCAGAUAGUGGGAGGACUCGGACCAAACUGACAGUGGAAGAGUUGAAGGCCUUUGUCCAACAGCUUUUUAGUCUUCCAUGUGUCAUCAGCCAAGCUCGACAAGUAAAGAAUCUACUGGAUGAUGUGGAAGAGUUUCAUGAACGUGCUCAGGAGGCCAUGAUGGAUGAAACCCCAGAUUCUUCCAAACUGCAGAUGUUGAUAGAUAUGGGCUCUGGUCUCUACGUGGAGCUACCUGAAUUAGCCCGACUAAAGCAAGAGCUACAGCAGGCUCGAUGGUUGGAUGAAGUACGACUGACCCUGUCAGAUCCACAACAGGUCACUUUGGAUGUCAUGAAGAAAUUGAUAGACUCUGGGGUGGGGUUGGCACCCCACCAUGCCGUGGAGAAAGCAAUGGCUGAGCUUCAGGAGCUCCUUACGGUCUCUGAGCGAUGGGAAGAAAAGGCUAAGGUCUGCCUACAGGCAAGACCACGGCACAGUGUGGCAAAUUUAGAAAGCAUCGUGAAUGAAGCUAAGAACAUUCCAGCCUUUCUACCCAAUGUGUUGUCCCUGAAAGAAGCCUUACAAAAGGCUCGAGAAUGGACAACUAAAGUGGAAGCUAUUCAGAGUGGCAGCAAUUAUGCUUACUUGGAGCAGCUGGAAAGCUUAUCUGCUAAAGGCCGCCCUCUCCCUGUGCGUCUUGAUGCCUUGCCCCAGGUGGAGUCACAAGUGGCGGCAGCACGGGCCUGGAGAGAACGGACUGGGAGGACCUUUCUUAAGAAGAAUUCCAGCCACACGUUGCUCCAGGUGCUUAGUCCCCGAACUGACAUCGGUAUUUAUGGGAGUGGAAAAAAUAGAAGGAAAAAAGUAAAAGAACUAAUAGAAAAAGAAAAAGAAAAGGAUCUGGACCUUGAACCUCUGAGUGAUCUGGAGGAGGGAUUGGAGGAAACCAGAGAUACAGCCACAGUGGUGGCAGUUUUCAAAGAACGGGAGCAAAAAGAGAUUGAAGCCAUGCAUUCCCUCAGAGCAGCCAACCUAGCAAAGAUGACAAUGGUAGACCGCAUAGAAGAAGUAAAAUUUUGCAUUUGCCGCAAGACAGCGAGUGGGUUUAUGCUCCAGUGUGAGCUCUGCAAAGACUGGUUUCAUAACAGCUGUGUUCCUCUUCCUAAGUCAAGUUCCCAGAAGAAAGGGUCUAGCUGGCAGGCUAAAGAAGUAAAAUUCCUUUGCCCUCUCUGUAUGCGGUCUCGAAGACCGAGGCUAGAGACUAUUCUGUCCCUCCUGGUAUCCCUUCAGAAGUUGCCUGUACGGCUGCCUGAAGGAGAGGCUCUUCAGUGUCUGACAGAACGUGCAAUGAGUUGGCAGGACAGGGCCCGGCAAGCCCUGGCCACAGGUGAGCUGUCCUCUGCCCUGGCCAAGCUCUCUGUGUUGAGCCAGCGGAUGGUGGAGCAGGCAGCUCGGGAGAAAACUGAAAAGAUCAUCAGCGCAGAGCUCCAAAAAGCCGCUGCCAAUCCAGACUUACAGGGACACUUACCUAGUUUCCAGCAGUCUGCCUUUAACCGGGUGGCGAGCAGCGUAUCUUCUUCCCCUCGGCAAACGGUGGACUAUGAUGAUGAAGAGACAGACUCCGACGCGGACAUUCGGGAGGCGUACGGCUACGACACGAAGGACACAGCCAGUGUGAAGUCCUCCAGCAGUCUGGAGCCCAGCCUUUUUUGUGAUGAAGAGAUUCCCAUCAAGUCCGAGGAGGUGGUCACGCACAUGUGGACGGCGCCCUCCUUCUGUGCUGAGCAUGCUUAUUCGUCUGCUUCUAAGAGCUGUUCUCAAGGUUCUAGCACCCCUAGGAAGCAACCUCGGAAGAGCCCUCUGGUGCCCCGCAGUUUGGAGCCUCCGGUGCUAGAGUUAUCGCCUGGAGCUAAAGCCCAGCUGGAAGAUCUUAUGAUGGUUGGAGAUCUCCUGGAGGUGUCUCUGGAUGAGACUCAGCACAUAUGGCGGAUUUUGCAGGCCACACACCCACCCUCUGAAGACAGAUUCCUGCAUAUCAUGGAGGAUGACAGCAUGGAAGAGAAACCAUUAAAAAUAAAAGGAAAGGACUCUUCAGAGAAGAAACGGAAACGGAAGCUAGAAAAAGUAGAACAGCUUUUUGGUGAAGGAAAGCAGAAGUCCAAGGAGCUGAAGAAAAUGGAUAAACCUAAAAAGAAGAAAUUAAAAUUAAGUGCAGAAAAAUCAAAGGAGCUGAACAAACUGGCCAAGAAACUAGCAAAAGAAGAAGAGAGGAAGAAAAAGAAGGAGAAGGCUGCCGCAGCCAAAGUUGAACUUGUGAAGGAGAGCUCGGAGAAGAAGAGAGAGAAGAAGGUGCUGGACAUCCCCUCCAAGUAUGACUGGUCAGGAGCGGAGGAGUCUGACGACGAGAACGCUGUGUGUGCCGCGCAGAACUGCCAGAGGCCCUGCAAGGACAAGGUAGACUGGGUGCAGUGUGAUGGUGGCUGUGAUGAGUGGUUUCACCAAGUUUGUGUGGGUGUAUCUCCAGAAAUGGCUGAAAAUGAAGAUUACAUCUGUACAAACUGUGCAAAGAAGCAGGGGCCGGAUAGCCCAGGUCCAGUACCACCUCCUUCUUUCAUAAUGAGCUACAAACUACCAGUGGAGGAUCUUAAAGAGACCAGUUAGCAGAUGCUGGGUUAGUUUGGGACAUGGGGGAAAACGGACCACACAGAGACCUUAGUCAGUAGAGUGGUUCAGAUCCACUCAGAAUGUUGCUUCCAAAGACGAAUGGCCUUCUGGGCAAGUCCUCCCAGCCGACUUCCCCUGGGCGUGGACGUGGGACCUGCGUUCUCUGUCAGCACAUCUGGGCCGAGGGGGUCUGCUUUGGUCCAGCAGCCAGUGUUUCAGUUCGCGUCUCCUCUGAGAUUGCUUGUCACAUUAAGGCCAGACAUUUGAGCUCUAGGGUGGCUGGCUGGCAUUAGUGCAUUGGUGUGCUGGCAGGGCAUGUAGGAUGCAGCUUCUGGCCCGUUGGUACUAGUUAGAGGUUUGCAGCCGGCACCAUCCAGAGGUGCUGAUCACUUGGAUCUCCUUAGUUAGGCCAGUGGGAGAGGAGUAGAGUAGCAGUUUCCUUCCGCUCUGCCCUGGCAUUUGACGCCCUACACAUCCAGCUAGGAGAGGGCCAGGGCUGAAGUUAAUCCUGUCAGAGGCCAUGGGUAGUGGCACAGCCUGUAGACCUCAGCUCCAUGUGCUUGUUUGUACCAAGAAGAAAACCCCAGUUGAGAGGCAGAUCACCUCAUCUUCCUAAGGAGGAGGAUGGCAUCUAGUUCAGAAGUCUGACUAGAUAGGAUUCUGGGAAGAAGAGAUUUUAUUUCAAGGCAAGGAGCCUUUUUUUGGCUUUGAGAAGUCUUGCUGUCUUGGGUCUACAUUUUAAAGAAGAGCAGGUACGUGGAUCCAGGCUUCUGCGGUAGCAAAGAAGACAAGUCAGAAUGUUUGACUGAGCCACAGCGGUGCCUGCUUUUCGGGGAACCCUUCAUUCACAAGCGCACCAGGUGCCACCAGGCUUCAGGCGUGGCCCCGAGCAAGACCAGCAAAUAACAGCUCUUGCCUUGCAGCCCGGCCCCCACUGGCUGUGGUUUCCAGGACUGGCCGUUUCUGACUGUGGCCCACGGCAGAUGCUGUCGCACAGCACGUGGCUUCAUCAGAAGACGUGGGCUUACAGUACCUCUGGGUGACAAAGUUGUUUUAGUAAAUCCAUUUUUAAAAAAAAAGAAAAAAGGACUUGUUUUUACUUUUUUCUAAAUGUCUCUGACUACUGACUGUUCUAUAAAUAGAUUAUUUUUCCUUUUUUAAUAUACAUAUAUGAAUAUAUAAAUAUAUAUAUAUAUAAAUAUAUAUAUAUAUAUAUAUAUUUACCGUUACCAGCAGCUUAUGACAGAGUUUCAGCAUCAAAAAUCCAUUUGGGGGCUUGCUUUCUCAUCUUGCUUUUUAAUAAAGGAAUCCCAUUCCUUCCUUGUAGUACAAGGAGUUAGCACUUCCUUCUCCAUCCUAGCCCGACCAGAUCUUCCAUGUUGGUUUUGUUCAAAUAGGUAAUUAUAUUUCGUUUGUGUGUUGGGACUUGUCCCUUUCUGUGGGGAAACCUGGUCAUACUGUAUCUGUGAUGGUAGUUCUGUUUUGUAUGUGAAAGUUUGGAACUACGGUGCUGUGUUCUCCCUCCUGUUGUGUUCUGUGUCCUUGUGAAGGUGUUAGGUAAGCUGUAUGGAAACUCUUAUUAGAAGGGGACUAAUUUUUUUUUUUUUUUUUUUAGGACAAAAAAACCCAAAAACCCACCAAACAAACUAAAAAUGGUGUUUUGUCUUCACUAUCCUGUGUCCCUUUAUUUUAGUUUAAAGAUCUGUGGUUUGACUUAAAUUCAUCAGUUUUCCUUUUAAAAGGGGGGAGCAGGGUGGGCCCAGAGAGCAGCUUUUAGUCUUGUCUUCCCUUUUUGCCCCGAUCUCUUUUAAAGAAAUGUCUUCUAGUAACUAGAAGUGAAAUGUACUGUCCAGUCACAGUUUGCGUGGGUAUGAGAUUUAACUCAAAAGGCAUCUUACUAAAAAAAGCAAAACCUUUCCUAUAAAAUCCAGUUUCUGGAAAUGCUUUCUCUAUGGUUCUACUACCUAUUUUUUAGUCACUUCUCCCUUAAUAUCAUAUAACAUUUUGAGUGUCUUGGCCUGUUAAGAGGUUCAUAAGUGUUGGUGUGCAUGGGUCUUAAAAUCUCAUCUCAAGUGUGUGUAUGAUUUAAGAUUUCAAUGGAAAUUACAAGGUAACUAAGUAACCAGUUUCAUAACUUAUCAUUUUGCCAGUCUCUCAAUACAUAAAGAUAUUACUACUUAGUUAAGAAUUUCACCUGGUUGAUAUUAUAGAAGAAAGCACAAUGUUUUUUGCUUUUCGGUCUUCUCUGUAAAAGUCUUCGCAAGUACUUGUGGGUUAAAAAUUGAAUGCAGUCUUAAGUGAUGGCUGCCCGGAAUAUAUUUAAAAAUACCUUGUUUUUCCUUCGUUCCUCAGCUAUCAGUGGAGGGGCAUGAGGUGCUGAGAAAGACAGCUAAGGUGCUCUGCCGCUUGGAGUGUGCUGGAUGGAUAGAGGGCUGUUGAGGGAACAAUUUAUGUUCAUAAUAGGUAUUUGCCUGCAUAUUUGACUGAGAGAAAAACGCAAGGCAGUCUCCAACCACGAAUAGCUCCCUGUUUAUCUUCGGACAUUUUGAAACUCAAAUAUAUCAUUUAAUUGAUACUGUGGGAUUUUCUGUAUUUAUUUGAAAGUCACAGCGGAUUUGGUCUGACUUUUGACCAUUUAGACCAAAGGUUGAGAACAGAUGAGAGACAGUUAAAAAAAAAAAGAAAGAGAAAAGAAAAAUAUAUAGAUAUGUGUAAUUUUGUAAUGAGUGAACUAAGAUUCAUCUGUUAAAGAAAUGAUGAUGUUUUUUUCACUUAGAGGAAAUUACUUAUUUUACAACUUAACUCCAUUCUGCGGUAUUGUAACCUUUCAUAUUAAAACUUGAUUUAAAAUGUUUCUUUACCCUUCCUAUCUCCUCAGAGUCGCAAUUCUUCACCACUCGUUCUUUAACUUACUCGUUAAUUCUUUCAAAGGUAUGUCUCACUACGUUCAUUAUAAACCAUUUUGGCAAAGGUUAUAGAAAGGAAGAUGAAAACUGGUAGGUCAAGAGUAGGUCCUUGGAACCACGCAAGUGCAAUGACAGCUGUCUCGUGGUCCUUCCAGCCGGGGCUGGCCUCGCUGCCUGUAGUGACCCUGCAGAGAUGUGUGGGGAGAUGCAGGGCCAGGCUCCUUCCCGAGCUGCUGCCUCCCAGCUCUUCCUGACUCACACGUGGGCAUCAUGGAACAACAGCUACUGCACGUCACGCUUCAGAUAAUUGAAACGGCAGAUGUGAAACCUGGGUCGCCCGCGAUGUACUUGAAUAAUCAAAACCCCAGCGAGGGCUGACCUGUGAGAUGAGAACGAUUUCACCUGUGCUUCACUUCUCUACUUUUGUCUUCGACACGUGUCCAAGAAAUGUCAGCUUGCUUGUUUCUCUUAAUUUUUAGAUUUUGAUGCAAUUCAGUGGAUGUAAGAGAAACUCCCUACUUGGCAAUAUUUUAAUUCUACAGUCCAUUUGUGCAAAUAUCAGCCAGUGCUUAAAGUAGGAGGGUGAAAGGGAAAACUGAGAAAGCCCUUCUUUCAAAGGGAGGGAUUAUCCACCUUUUAAGGAGAAAGUGGCAAUUUGAAGUGGGAUUUGAAAAUUGUGGGAAAAUUAAGCAAAGUCCCACACGUAACCAGGUUCAGUAAAGGUUUACAUAUGAACUAGCUUCAUGUGUGUGUAAAAAGUUGCUUUUGCGGUAUGUCCUUAAGUAUAAAUUUUUAAAAGUAGGCAAUUGGUUUGCCUUUUACCUUUUGAAAUCCCACCUUUUUUGUUGUUUUUAAUUAAGGCAUAUCAUUACUUUGGAUGUGGAUGUGCCAUGGCAUUUAGUAUUUACAGCAUGAGAAGGAAAGAAUGGAUAUUAAUAUAUUUUGGAAUUCUAGUCUUCUCUUGGUCUGGAUCAUAUCCAGUCACCACUAUGCAACGAAUGAUGUGCACUGGGAAAGGAUGUGAUGGGUUUUUAAAGAUGUGUCCUGCUUAUUCUUACUUUUGCAAUACUCCAAGGUGUCUAAACAGGAAUGUCUUUUGUAAGCCUCACGACCUAUUGAUUAUUCUCUUACAUGUUUAUUUACCUGUUAGUGAGACACUUAAAUAUAAUAUGGACUCUAAUUUACCAGGGAUUUUGGUGGUGCCUUAUGAAAAGUAUAACUUGAUUUCUUGUUUUUUUGAGCAUGUUUUGCAUUUCUUUUGUUUUCUGAAAGAAUGUUAGGUAUGGUUAUUUGCAUUACAUCUAAAAAAUUUAAAAAAUUGUGUGUGUGCUCAGGUCCCCCCCUACCCUGUCAUUCACAUUGGUGGCAACUCUAAGUGGUAACCAAGUAAAGGUAGAUUUUGGUAAUUGAUCUGAGAGCCACUUUUAACCUGUUGCAGAACAGUUUCUAAUGUGCAUUUGCUCUCUAUAAAAUAAAGAACUGGCCUCAAAUAACUUCACCAGUGGUGUAAUUAGCCUGUUAAAUUGCUGAGAAUAGUGUUUUCAGAAAGCGUGAAGUAGAAGAAGUGAUUCCUGCAGAUUUCACCUUUCUCUGUUUUCAGCAAGAGUCCAGCGUCUGAAUGAAAAUGUUCAGACAUUUUCCCCACCGUUGAUUUCUUAAGCGGUUUAUCCCUUUGUAGCGAACCAGUAAUAAAAGCAGGAAAGAUGAAGAAAUACUUCCUUUUUCCUUUGGCCUCCUAGUACUUAAAACUAGCUCAAACUGCACCUUACACUUCAGAGAAGUAAAUGGCCCUUUUUUCUCAUUGCCAAGGUUAUCAGGUCAUGCAGGCGUGAGGGACAGAUCAUUGCUGAAAAUGUCAAGGUUCUGCCUGCAGUGAAAUUGGCCUCAAACAUGAAGUGUUUGAUUGUGUAUGUAUGUGUUAGGGAGGAGAAUUAGUGGGAAGAAGGAGGAAGAAAAAACUGGUUAUCUCAACUUGGAAAAGAAUUUUCUUGCCAACAACAACAAAAAGACCAUGAAAUUUCGUAAGAUUGACAGAUUCUUUUCUUUUUAAAAGUUGUGUGGAAUCCACCCAGUUUAGAUCACGUAUUUCUUGGGGCCUUGGCAUUGUGGUUGAUACCAGUACGUUGAAGAUCCAGAAUCUCUUCAUGGGAAGCUUAGCCUUGCAUUGGGAAGUCUCAGAUAACACAACGAACGAACAAUACAGAAGAACACGCUCAAGGACUGUAUGCUGUGACCAAACAGUGGAAUUUGGAAUUUCUUGACUCUUCUCACCUAUUUGCUCUUUAAAGUGUGUUUCUGCCCUGCUUUUAGUAGGCAGAAAGAUGAUUUAAUGUUUCCAUGUGACAAAGUCCCAUGAAAUUUCUUUACUAGGCAAGGAUUUUCUCUAAGCUCGUCUGUGGAGCCAGGAUGUAUCUUUGUUAAUGCAAAAUAAAGAUGGCACAAGCAGCCUUAAAGAUGGUUUGGUGGCUCCAGCUGGUGAACCCCCUAGUAAGGAACUCUGGUGAGUUGCCAGGGACAUAGGGGUGAGCUCAGAAUCUAAUGUAGUUUCAAAAACAACACCCCCUCAAAACAAAAACUUCAAAAGCCCAGGUGAGAACUUCAGGGUUACAUAAGAAAGAAUGCUGGAUUUAGGAAUGAACUGAUCUGGGUGUUAGCUCUUUGUAUGACCUUCUGUUGCUUACUUCCCUUUUUGGAAUCUGUUUCCUACCAUGUGUGGGUUCUUGUGGAUACAAAGACAUUUAAGUUACAGCCCCUCUCCUUGAAGGAGGGUAAGACAGACGUUUCUAAGGAUGUUUCUUACAAAAACUUUGAUGGAAUUGAGAAGGGAGGAUAGUAGAGAGGUUUUGGACAUGUAAUCCAAAUUCCCAUUCCGUACUCCUGAGGAGGGAACACGCAGGCUCUGCUGAAUAUUCUGUUGUUAGAAAAUUUAAGUCUCGGUCACUAACGUUCAUAUUAGAGCACACCCAUAGUCUCCAUUUGGGUCUGAAUUUUGUGGAGUUCAUCAUGCACUUUGACGUGUGCCCCAAGACCAGCAUCUUGCUGUGCUAUUCAGUAAGACGAGUGUAUCAGACACAUUCCGACAGACCUAACCGUGCCCCUCCCUCCUCCUGAGUUGGUAGCUACUUGGCCUUAGUGAGAAAUUCUCCCUCCGGCCAAAGCAUCGGCCCCUGCCCUCCUCAUUCUGGGCCGCUUUCUGCUGAGACCAGUAGGCCACCCGGGCCCUGGUGGCUUUAGUCUCCUGACUGAACCCUGCCAUCCUUUCUACUUGGCACUAAGCUUCGUGGUUGGUUGUUUCUCCAUCACUCUGACCCUGCAGGACCUCAUCCCCGGUCGGUUCCGCCAUCCGAUGUCGUCGCUGCUAAAUACUGCCGAGUACACGCCCUUGAUGGGUAGCUCUACGAGCUGACUCAAGGAGGCCGGCUCUCAGAGCAGGGCAGCAGCCCUGAAGGUCCAGCAACCCCUUCCAUUCUUAAAGACACUUGAGACCUUGGUCUCUUGUCCAGUCCCCAUCCCAGCACCUCUCUUCCCUCAGCAGAGGCCUCCCCUGUAACACGGAGGAAACUGAAGCCAGCAGGAGGGCUCAGCAUCCACAUCUGUCUCAGAACAGGUGUCUGUCCUCUGGCCAACACAGACCGUAGGCAAACGGGCAAGCCGGUGAGUCCCAUCCCACCUCACCUCCUCAGAGACCUCGCACCCUCCCUCAGCGCAUACGCUCAGGUCUCUCCCUCUGACGUGCUCCUGGACCCUGUCUCCCUCUCCUGCCCUCUUGGUCCUUCCUUUGUAGCCAAGCCCCGUUCGUCCCCCCACCUCACUUUCAGAUCCCUCAAUCUACGGUAAUCUGGACCCUCCUCUCCACGUUCCACUGAGGCUGCUCUCACGGAGGCCAUAACUGACCACAUGUUGCCAAGUCCAGUGGGCACUGCACUUCGUAUAUGACACCUGACACUUGUCCACUCCCUCUGGGAGACUCCUCCAUUGGCUUCUCGGCCACUACUUUUUCCUAAUUUUUCUUCCCUGCAGCUGCUCGUUAGUCUUCUUUUCUGUUUACCCUUCGAACGGUGUCAUCAGAGGCUCUUCCUGUAUCUCCUCCUCGGGUGCCCUCAUCCCCCGCCCCCGCCAGCUAACACUUUAAUUCAGCUGUUUCCCAAAUCAAAAUCACCUGCCCAGGCUGGCUUGCUUUGCUCUUUAAUCAACUGGUAAACACUUCCACUUGUAUUCGUUUUAAUCACUCCAAACUCUUUGUGUCAAAACCUAAACUUAGCACCUUCUCACCCCCAAACCAGUUCCUCUCUAUACCCUAACCGAAAGCACAGCUAGGUGCCCAAGCCAAAAUUCUGCGAGCCAUCCUGAAUCCUUGCUGACCGCUCGCUUCCCGUGAGCAAUGAGAUGGUCACUAAAUCCUUUAGAUUCACUCCCAUCUUCAUCUCCGUCUCCUCCGUUCCUGUCGUGAUGCAUCACUUAAGUUCUCACCACUCUCACCUGUUUUUUCGGACUAGUCUUUAGUCUGGUCGAUCUCUAGUUCAUCUUCCAAAUUUCUACAGAAUAAACCGUCUAAAGAGCCGAUAUGUUCACUGCGUUGUUCUACGGAAUCUGCUCGUGUUUAUCUUUCUACAGGCGUCUGCUUCCACACACUCGCAGCCACUGUACUUCCGACACAUGGAUUUUCAUUUCCUAAACACGCCAGGCUUCUGUCUCAUUUUUGAGGGGCGGGCUUAAGUGCCACCUCUUCAGAUGCCCCUCUUCUCUCACAACAGCUUGUUCCGCUCCCUCGUGGGACUUUGCAGCAUGAGGCAUGAUUGUUUACAAAUUCCGUGAGAGCAGGGGCUUUGCUUCCUUUGUCUCCAUACCCAGCACCUAGAACGGUACCCUGUGUACAAUAAACAUCCAAUAACUAACUUGCGUGGCUGCUGGUCUGUGCCUGUGUUCCUCGCUGUACAUUCACUCUCACUCACCCUGUACAUUACUCUGUGCCUUCGUACUUUCUUCAAAGUUCAGCACGCCCCAAACCUCUGCUGAGAAGUCUUUUCACAUCACUCCUCUCCUCCUGAUCUGAUUUAGAUGUCCUUUCAUGGAGCUCUGAUAACACUUAGAUUUACAGCUUCUCAAAGUGUGGUCCCCAGAUCCGUAGCAUCAGCAUCACCUGGGACUUUGUUAGAAAUGCAGAUUCUUGGAUCUUACCCCAGACCUUCAGAGUCAGAAACUCCAGGGGCGGGGCCGACAACCUGGGAUUGAACAAGCCCUCCAGGUGAUUGCAGUGCCUGCUGGCAUUAGAGAACCACUCAGUCACUGCAUUUGUAUUUCCAGGAUUAGCACAAUGCCUAGAACAAGACUAUUGUAAAGAUCUUCCUUGCAGAGAACUGAAAUCCAUCUUCCUGUGGCCUUCUGCGGCAAUCCUGUUUCUUUUGAGAAUCUGAAAACCAGUUCAAUUGCCCUUGUUUGGUAGCCUUUCAGUGUUUAAGGAUAGCCAUUAUUUCUACUUCCCGACCUUCAUCCUCAAUCUUCCCGUUUAAUAUUAAUUCUUUCUCAUGUGCUGUGACUUUGAGUGCCUUCAAAUUCAAACUCAUUGGAUUGAUCUGAACAGACUCCAACGUACUUCAUACCCACCUUAAGCAUAUAUAUUCAGAGCAUCCUUUUAGCUUUCAAGCUACAGUUCUAAAAGUGGAACCAUAUGCCUGUAUAGUCGCCCCAACAAGGUGGCAUUCACGAUGACCAUGACAAGCUUCCGUUGUAGAGUUGGGGAUGGACAGUGGAAACCAAAGGUGGUCCAAAGCUCUGUAUAUGCUCCAUUUCAAAGAACCUGGCCGUGGUCACCUGCAAAAGUAAUUUUGUAAAGUGGUUUCAUAUCACUGAAUUGGUGGUUCUCAGCUGUGGCGGCACAUUUGAAUCGUCUGGAGAACUUUUAAAAACCAUUCCUGCCACUCUCGCCCCAGACCAAUUGAAUCACAGUAUCUCGGAGCGGAGCCCAAGCAAGAGUAUUUUUUGGAACAGCUUUAUUGAGGUAUAGUACCAUGAAACUGUUUUAUGUACAAGUCAGGGAUUUUCAGUAAAUUUACAGAAUUGUGCAACCGUCACUCCAGUCUAACUUUACAAUGUUUCCAUCACCCCAAAAAGAAACUUCAUGCCCAUUCAUGUCACUCCCUGUUUCCACUCCCCAACCCCAGGCAGCCACGAAUCUACUUACGUUUCUAUAGAUUUACCUUUUCUAGACCCAAGCAUUAGGAUUUUUAAAAAAGCUUCCAGGUGAUUUUUAAAAUGCAGCCAGGUUUGAGAAUCGCAGCGCUAAAUGCAUGACAAGGAAUCUGGUUUUUUCAGAACUGUGUGUAAGGAGGGUAUUUCACACAUUUUCACAUUUUUUGUCUCCCUCUUAGCCGGCACAUGUAACCAUUACUAGUAUAAGAUCAUUAACUUGAUAAUGGGAGUUGAUGGGCCAUUCUAUUAUUUUCCCUUUAUACCUUGUAGUAUCAAAUUCAAAAUUGCCUCCCAUGCUCUCCCCAGGCUGUUUAAAAACAUCUCUAGUCUGCUUUUUCCACUUUGGUUCAUGAAUUAACAGUGACGGAAGUUCUCUUAGAGCAUUCUCCCUGAGAUGAUGUCUCCAAAGAUGAUUGCAAAGUAUCUGUGUCGAUCCCAUGCAUAAAGUUACUUUCCUUUAAGAAUCCUUCACAUUGGUGUCUCUUUAUCAGCUGUUUUGCUGUCUGACUAACUUCUCUGCCAAAUGUAGAUUUUUUUUCUUUGUAAAUAUGCUAAUAUUUCUAAAAAUUUGGGGGGAAAUAUAUUUCUUGUUUUUUAAAUAAACAGUACAUGCACAUUUGUUUCAAAAAUAUUUUUAAAAAAGUAAAUGAAAAGUCAUCCUCUACCCAAAAAUGACCACAUUAAGAUUUACGCAAAGUUACUUUCAGACAGCUCCCUGUGUAUAUUUAGGUAUGCAUAUCUACAGAUAUGUACACCUUUACAUGAAUGUACCGCCUUGUAACUUGCUUCCUUAAUGUCGGCAUUUGUAUAUGACAAUAAAUAUAGAUUUGUAUUGUUUUUAAUGGCUGUAUAGUUUUGCAUUCAAUGGAAUCUUAAGGAUUUUUAAGCGUUAUGUAUAUUGAGGACAUUAUUUGACUUGUGUUGCAAAAUUUUGACCACCUUAUUAGUCUUUUAACCUUAUUUAUAUUUUUUCUUUAUAGACAUUAUUAAAUCUCAUGCUGUAAACUUAACCUCUUUAAUUUUAUAAUUCCUGAUUU